AUCAAGAAAAUACGAAAUCAUCUAAAUUCAAUCCAAAAAUACAAGACCAUAGGCGUUCGCAGUCUAGAAGUGCGAGGUGGAUGUUCUAAGAAUUUCCCCGAUACCGCCCCGAUAUGUUAUUCUAAUAACGAACCAACAGAAGUUUGCAUGGAACGUUACCUCUCUCGUUACAAGUUUUAUCUGGCGUUCGAAAACAGUAAUUGUGUACAUUAUAUAACGGAAAAAUUUUUUCGUGCACUCUCCAUAGGGAUGGUGCCUGUAGUAUUUGGAGCUCGAUAUUCUGAUUAUGUCAAGAUAGCGCCACCACUUUCUUUUAUUUUUGUGGCUUCACCACUGGCAAUGAAAGCGGCCAGGGUCAAGGGGAAACAAUCUCAAAAUUUAUCCAUUCCAAAUAUUAAUCUUGAGAUACCGAAGAAUCAUCCAUAUUUUCAUUCCAACAAUAUAAAAGAACUAAGUAAAUACCUUUUAAAAUUAGAUUCCAAUGACACACUUUACAAUGAGUAUCACGCUUGGAGAGAAGAAUACAUUAUAGUAGGUAAAAAGAACAAACAUCUAUGCUCAAUUUGUGAACAUUUGCAUCUCAAGGAUAUCCCUAACAAAUCAUACAAAAUAUCAGAUUGGUGGAAUAGCAAAAGGGAUUGUAAAAAUUAA